AUGUUCCCGGCUGUUAGACGAGCCGUCGCCUGGCAUGGGAGCAGGGCGAUUGGUGCAGCGCCGGCCUUAAGCUCCCGUGCGUUUGCUAAGAGCCGACUGCUUUCGACGCUGGCGGUGCUUGAGCAGCGGGACGGCAAGCUGAAUGCCGGGUCUCUGAGUGCAUUCACAGCCGCCAAAAAGCUUGGUGGUACUAUCCACGGAUUUAUUGCUGGCGGAAGCGUUUCGGCUGCUGCCCAGGAGGCUGCCAAGGUGGAGGGCGUGGAGAAGAUCAUCUUUGUGGAAAAUGCGGCUUAUGAAAAGGGUCUUCCCGAGAACUACGCGCCUCUUCUUGUCGAGAACAUCAAGAAGGGUGGCUACACGCACAUUAUCAGCGGCCACACGGCUUUUGGAAAGAGCCUGAUGCCUCGCAUUGCUGCUCUCCUGGAUACACAACAGAUUUCGGACAUCACGGCGAUUGAGAGCGAGUCUACUUUUGUGCGCCCAAUUUACGCUGGAAAUGCCAUCGCUACGGUUGAGUCGUCCGACUCUGUCAAGGUUGUGACCAUCCGUGGAACAGCUUUUGCUGCCGAAACCCCUGGAUCUGGAUCUGCUGUCAUCGAUGAAGGCGUCGACCCCAAGGCCGAAGCCCUCUCGGAGUGGGUAUCCGAGGAGCUGGCUAAGUCUGACCGCCCUGAUCUGGCCACUGCUAAACGAGUUGUGUCUGGAGGCCGCGGUCUUAAGUCGAAAGAGGAUUUUGAUAACAUCAUGCUUCCGCUGGCUGACAGCCUGGGUGCCGCUGUCGGGGCUUCCAGGGCGGCCGUCGAUAGCGGCUAUGCCGACAACAGUCUUCAGGUGGGACAGACUGGCAAGGUUGUCGCCCCUGAGCUCUACAUGGCUGUCGGAAUCUCUGGGGCAAUUCAGCACUUGGCUGGUAUGAAGGACAGCAAGGUCAUUGCUGCUAUCAAUAAAGACGCCGAUGCCCCCAUUUUCCAGGUGGCUGACGUUGGUCUAGUGGGGGACCUUUUCGAGAAGGUGCCAGAAUUUACAGAGAAGGUCAGGAGCUCGUAA